CCGGACUCAAGCCGAACCCUCCACUCAGACCACUGGCGCGGGCCUCAAGACACCCACGACACACUCCGAUUCCAAUCGACCGAGAAGACGAACGACGACCGAAGACGACAUGGCCAAGUUCAGCAAAGAUGUCUCGAGCUCCCGCCGUAAGUCGCGGAAGGCCCAUUUCCAAGCCCCUUCGCACGAAAGACGGAUUAUCAUGUCUUCUGGUCUGUCGAAAGAGCUAAGGGCUAAGUACAACGUUCGAUCCAUGCCCAUCCGAAAAGACGACGAGGUUGUUGUCGUCAGGGGAGCUUUCAAGGGACGCGAGGGCAAAGUCUUAUCGGUAUACCGUAAGAAAUACGUGAUCCAUGUCGACAAGGUCACCCGGGACAAAGCCUCUGGACAAACAGUCCAAAUUGGUGUUCACCCUUCAAAGGUCGUCAUUUCCAAACUCUACCUCGACAAGGACCGCAAAGCAAUCUUGGCAAGGAAAGAUCGGGGAAGCCCAAAGGAGAAAAUGCAAGUCGAUUGAGGUUCUUGGAAGUCGAAAUCUAAUUGUUCUCCCAUUUGCAAAUGAUCCUCUAUGUCCCAAAAAGAAACUCUCGCCAUUUUCCAACUCCUAUGCCAAUUUUUCACUCAUAUCGAGAGUAAAUUGUAUGGCCUUGCCAUCGCACAACACAUCAUGCUACUUGUCAUCAUGUUCACCCCCAAGUAAUUGACCGCGGGAUCCUAUCAAUCCCCCUCAUAAGGCAUUGUUAAUUCUUCUUAGAUAGAGCUCAUGGAGGUAACUAUGUGCUAGAAAGUUAACACUCUGUUUGGCCUUCGAGACAGGCAGUUUGUGAACACUUGAUUCAGUAACCUUGCUUUUGCUCCCCACUCAUUAGCAAAGUGUUAUAAGACCCGAAUUUUAGCCCAACCCGAUUGAUGAUAAUCGUAUGGUAAUGAGAAAA